CUGCACACUUGCUAACGUUUUGCUAGAGGUAGAACGAUCUGACCUCUUCAAUGUCAAGUUGUACUUACCAACGCUUGCCUGAUGCAGCUAUUAUCCCAUGAAUGUGGCAGCGAUAUGGGCCGCUGCGAUCUUUCAUUUCGCUAACGGCGGUAUGGACUUCGACUCUACCAUUGUCGUAUCUGCUUACACUGCCUUCGCUUACCUAUGACAGCUUUCACGGCAUUGCGUGCUUACGCUAUUAGCCAUCGCUCCGUGCCACUUGCGGCUGUCAUGUUUCUGUUGUCAGGUGUGGAUGUAGCAAUGGAUAUCGCGUUCACCCUUGAGGCGAUAGAUUGGCCCCAGCCUGUUGGUUGUGUGGUCACGGUCGGUGAUAACCCCACGAUCGAUAGACCAUUAUAUGCUUCAGGGCAAGCGUCUGUUGUAAUCCCUGAGGUGUUGCUUUUGGUGGCGACCUGGCGCCAUGCCUAUGGCACGGCGAAGCUUGUAAAAGACAUACCAUUGAAGACUCCUCUUACAACGCACCUAAUCAGAGACGGGACGUUGUACUUCGUUGCGAUUUUAGCCCUCAUGGUUCUCAAUGUCAUUCUCGACGCAACCUCGACGGUCAACGGGGUUAUUAUUCCUAUUAUAUACGCGCUCCAAACCAGUUUGCUCUCGCACUUCUACAUCAAUCUGCACAAAGCAAACAAAUCGAUGGCCGGCAUACCCACCGAUGUAUCGCAAGUGUCCGACCCCCGUUUCGCUCGUGUGGUAGGAACACUCGCUGGCUCGCUCGCAUACGGCAAACCGAGCUUCCCAGAAGACGGUGAUGUAGACGGCGAUUGGGAGAUGGCUGCCGAUGAAUAUCUAGCAGACUUGCCAGACGUCCAGCAACCGGCGACCGCCAGCGAUAAUAAGCUCCAUGACGAUGAGGCCUAUGCUGCAGAUCAUAUCAGCAUAGGACACUCCUUCAUAGAAUCAGUUCCGAGAGUCGAGUUCGGAGUCGUAUAGACGCCCUGCAUAUGGCACUUUGGAUUAUAAUGUACCUUGUAGCCCCCGCAGAGCGGAGGAUGCUCAUCUCUGAGAGAUUCAUGACAUAUGCCAUCGGAUUUGUCUACAUAUCGGCUGCGCCAGCCACGGAAUCAUGCA